GUGUGGUUUAAAAACCGUCGGGCCAAGUGCCGGCAACAGCAGCAGCAGCAGCAGAACGGGGGCCAGAACAAGGUCCGGCCAGCUAAAAAGAAGAAUUCGCCGGCCCGGGAAGUGAGUUCGGAGAGCGGGACCAGUGGGCAGUUCACUCCUCCCUCCAGCACCUCGGUCCCCACCAUUUCCAGCAGCAGUGCCCCUGUAUCCAUCUGGAGCCCAGCGUCCAUCUCCCCGCUCUCAGACCCCCUGUCCACCUCUUCCUCCUGCAUGCAGAGAUCCUACCCUAUGACCUACACGCAGGCAUCAGGCUACAGCCAAGGAUACGCUGGCUCAACCUCCUAUUUUGGAGGGAUGGAUUGUGGAUCUUACUUGACCCCUAUGCACCACCAGCUUCCCGGACCGGGGGCCACCCUGAGUCCCAUGGGUGCCAACGCGGUCACCAGCCACCUCAACCAGUCUCCAGCCUCCCUUUCCACCCAGGGCUAUGGAGCCUCCAGUUUGGGCUUUAACUCCACCACCGAUUGCUUGGAUUAUAAAGACCAAACCGCCUCCUGGAAGUUAAACUUCAAUGCUGACUGCUUGGAUUAUAAGGACCAGACGUCGUCAUGGAAGUUCCAGGUUUUGUGAAGAACCUUUGUGAUACCGAGAGAAAUCGCGACGAGAACGAACAGGCUGGGCUGAACGUUCCAGUUUUAGUCAGGUCUUGGUUAAAUUAAAGAGAAAAAAAAAAUAAACUCCACAGACAGACAAACGAACAACAACAACAAAAACAAACCGCCAGCGACAAGAGGGGGACAGUGUUGGUGUGAUUCUGUUCAGACUCAUCUCCUGCUCAGAUGCUCUGGAAAAGGAAUAAUAAAGAGGAAAAACGGAGGAGGAAGGCCUUAAACGGACAGAUCAUCUAGUGAGCAGAAAACAGACAGACCCAUCUGUGUUCUUUCUAGUUUUAGGCAAUUGUUGGGUUCCUUUGUUUGGAAGAGGUGGAAGCUCAUCCCACCUAUGGGCCAGUUUUAAAAAAAAAAAAAAGAAAAAAAAAAGAAAAAAAAAGAAAAAAAAAGUCUAGGUUUUUAUUUCUUUUUUUUUUUUGUGUGUGCGUGGAAAGAUCCUUCACCCAGAGGUUUCCAAUGUGUUAGCCAACCCUCGGUUAAAAUAUUCAGAAUGGACAGUAUCUCUCUUUUUCUCCCUCUUUUUCUCCCUCCCUCUUUUCUUUCUCUCUUCGCUCUCUCGAGCUCAUCCAACUGUUUCACGCCCAACUUGCUCAAGUUGGCACCCGGAGAACUUGGUUCAGGGCUGUGUGGGUUGUGUGACUGAUUGUCCUAGCUGCACUACUUUAUUUAAAGAUUAAAAAAAAAAAAAAGAUAAGCAAAACAUAGCUCAGUCUCUAGAGACAAUCAGUGUGUGUCUUAUAUAAAUGGUACAUCUGUGGUUUUUAAUCUGUGCUAGACUUCAAAACUGUGAUCUCCUGUAUUGUAUGCAACUAUGAACUCUGCACCAGCGGGAGUUCUGCUGUGAUUUAAAUAGGUUAUAAUUAUAAGUGAAAUUCAGAGCAACUGAGUUACCUAUUAUCAUCUUUUUUUAAAAAAAAAAAAAAAAUUAAGAAAUAUAUUUAAAAAAAAA